GCACACACACAAACUAAACACACGCACCCACACUCACUGAAGAAAGAAAGAAAGAAAGAAAGAAAGAAAGGGAAAAGGAUCGCGGAGAAGGGAAGAGGGAAGGAUGAGCUCGCCGGCCAGUCGCGCCAGCUCCUCGCCGCCGUGCUGCAUCGCUGUCCAAGGGAGGAGGAAGGCCGCUGCUACUGUCCGUAAAAGCCAUCGCCAUCGCGGGUCAGAUCUGAGGUGAGAUAGAUGACCACGAUGGAGGAAGGAACCGUGCCGCCCAUUCGCUUCCGGCGUUGUCACAAGAAGGAGAGAGCUGCGUCGGGGGAGGAGAGCCGUCGCGGAGCUGCCUCUGCCACCGCGCCCAACCGCGGCCGCGAGCCUUGUUGUCGCUGCUGGAGGUGCGCCGCCAAGCUCCUACCACCGAAGAAUAUUGCUGCGUCGCCGGGAUCCACUACCGCCGCUGUCAGGGUUCCGUGGAAGGAGGAUGACCUGGGUGUCGCCGCGCCUUGCCUCUGCCGCCGGAGAGCGCCGCUGAAUCCUUUGGCUUGGUUGAGUAUCGGUGCUUGCAUGUCAUCUUCAGAGUUUUCAGCUACUUCGUUUUGCUAUUUCAGUUUGAGUUCUGAAUAUUGCAUGUUGCAUAAAUAUUGCUGUGGUUGCUGCAAGAAUGAUUGAGAUGAGAUUUGCGGCUUCUGUUGAUCGCGGGCCGAGAGAAAGGACUUUUCUGUGAUGCGUUGUGUUAUGGGACUCAACUUAUCGACGUAGGCGCGCUUUUAUAAAACUUGUUUUACUUUCCAGAGUUGUUAUGAGUCGAUAUUAAUGCGUAAAGUGUAUUUUUGUGAUUUCGCGAGUCUUAUGAAUUGAGUUGAGUUGUGUUGAAAGAGAGAUUGUUUGUUUGAUUGAUUGGCCGAUCGAUUGAGAAGGUUAAAUAUUCUAAUUUGUCGGCUGGCGAUGUCGAAGUGGUUUUUCUUGAAUUACUAGAAGAGAUUUAAUAUUGGUAAUAAGUAUAAUUUUGGAAGUGUUUUGAUUUUAGAAAAGAUUUAAUAUUAAGAUUUGAUUUGAUAUUGAACCCGAUUUGAUAUCGGAAUUUGAUUUAAAAAUAAUUUGGAAAUGACUUGAUAUUUGGUAACGGUUUGUUCAUUGAGAAUAAUUUGCUAUUUUGGUAAUGAUUCAAAAGGGGUUGAGGAAUUGAUUGGUUUGAUUUUGGAAAGGAUUUGAUGUUGUAAAUAAACUAGUUGAGAAUGGGCUGAAAAAUGUGGUUUUGAUGGGACGCGCAAGGGUGGUGUAGUCCGAAUUCUAGAGGAGAUGCUGCCCAAAAUUUUUAUAAAAAUUGGAGACUUUGUUUAAAAAAUGGUUAUUUAGAAAGACUUAGAUUUUCAAGGAUUCUAUGAUUUGAUUUUUGGGAUGACUGUAUGUGGCCGGAAUGGUCGAGAUGUAUAUGUGGCCGAAAAGGUCGAGAUGGCAAGGUCUGGGUGUGAUCCCGCUUGCGUAUUAAUUUGAAAAUGUGUUUGGGUGGCAAGUUGAGGAUGGCAGUUCUCUCUCUUGUCAUGAUGUGGAUGCGGGGAAGGUGGAAAGACACUCUCCUUCGUAUUGUAUCCCCCACGUUCUUCUCUGGUUGCAAGGUGGAAAGGCACACUCCUUCGAUGUGGAAAUGCACUCUCCUUCGUGAAACCUCCAGGAGAAGGUGGAAAGGCACACUCCUUCGACGUGGAAAGGAACUCUCAUUUGUUUAUGAUCCUUCUGGAGAUGCGUAUCCUAGAGACUAAUAUCUGGGUUAGCUACCAGAUGUGUCGGGUUCUGGCAAAGUAGCCGACACGUGAGCUCACGGCCAGUAGGAUAGACAUUUAUCAUAUGCAUUUGUAUGUUUUGUUUGGGUUUGAAUUUGUUUUGGUUUGCCUAAUUGCUAAACUGUUAUUAACUGCUAUAUGAUCUAUUUGCGGUAACUGUUAUCUAUACUUGUGUUUUUCCUUAUUUGUUUUGCCUGUGUUUGUUUCUGAUGUGGUACUCUUGAGAUCAAGUAUUGAUGAUGAGAUGAUAAUUGUGUUGAUUGAUUAUGUGAUGGCUAAAGGCCGUAAUCGGUUUCUGAUUUGAUUGGUUUCUAAUUGAGAGAUUAGUAAGGUAUGAAAAAUCAAGCUGGUUCAGCAUAGACUUAAUAAACCUAUGCCUGGAACAGGUUGGUUAUUCAUACCGCCUAGAAAACUGAUUAAUAUUUCCUUAUAAGAAAAGAACGGUUUUGGAUUUCUGAAAAGUUAAAUUUUGUUUCCUUGAAGAGGUUUUGAGUGAUUAGCCGUUGGUUAUUAAAAGAUUCAUAAGACAACGUUAAUCACUGAAUUUGAAAAUAGUUUUCUCACUAAAUAUCUUCUUAUAACAAAUUCUGAAAAUCUGUGGUGAGACCAUGUGGUUAGGUUCUCACCUCCCUACAGACUUUUCUUUUCAGGAAACGGACGAAGAAUCUUAUGAAGAGUAGUUGAGUUUAGCCUAUGCGAUAGAAGAUGUUUUAGUUUAGUUAUUAGUAUUCUCCCCUCGCCAUUAAUGUUAUAACCUUUGCAAGAGGGAUAGGAGUUUUGAUAUGUGAAGUUUAUAUAUUGGUAUAAUGUAUAUAUAUAUUAUUUGUAAGUAUUGUAAAUUGUAUUGAAAAGUAUGGAUGUAUGUUUUGAAAAUUCGGUUUAAGAUUUAAACAGGCUCAUAUUUUAGUAUUAAAUAUUUUAAGAGUCGUAAUAUCCGAGCAAUCAGAAUGGCGCAGCCGAAAGCGUAACAUUUUGAUAGUUAGGGUGUUACAUUAUGGUAUCAGAACAGUCUUUCCUGUUGAGCCUGAGAAAUGUAUUGACUAUGCUUCAUUGCAUACUCUAAGUGUCUGUCAUGUUAUAGGUCUUAUUUUGGUAACGAGAGUUAGAGCUUUAUGCACAUGACGGUCUAUUGAUUAAUCCCGUUAGUCUUGCAUUGCAUAAUUUCUGGUAUUAAGUUUGGCCGGCUUAACACUAGUGAAUUAUGUAUAUGGAAGCACUAAUGGGUUAUCAUAGAUGAUAUACGAGUAAUAGGUAACGCAUAUCGUGGUUUUGGGAGCAUUAGAAAUUAACUUUGAAGUUAAUUUUGUUUCGGUGUAUAAUCCUUUAUUCGUGCUUAGUUUUAUCUCUUUCUCUAUCAAUUGCAUUGGAAUUCUUUAUUUAUUAUUUCCUUCAUGAAAUGUGAUUGAUUCAAUUGCCAACUUUAUCUUACCAUUCAUACAUUGU